AUGCCGCAGGGUGGUACCGUCGUCAAUGCUGAAAAUCAAUUUGUGGCGGAUGUAAUCGUUAAGGAUGGCCUCGUCGAAAGUGUGGGAAAGAAUCUAAAGGCGCCUAAACAAUCAAUAGUCGUGGAUGCGACGGGAAAGUAUGUGAUGCCCGGAGGCAUCGAUCCUCACACUCAUCUCGACGCAGAGAUGGGCUGGGGGUCCAAGGCGGAGAUCAUCUCGACAGACGACUUCUACAGUGGGCAGGCAGCAGCUCUUGCUGGUGGCACCACCAUGCAUAUUGACUUUGCCCUGCCCAUAAAAGGAGACCUGGCAGCGGGCUUUGAGCGGUACAAAAAGGUUGCUAAAAAGAGCGUUAUGGACUACGGAUUCCAUAUGGCUGUCACGACUUGGAACGACAAGGUGGCUUCUGACAUGGGCAAGCUGACAAAGGAAGGCAUAAACAGCUUCAAGUUCUUCCUAGCAUACAGCGGAUCACUUGCUGUUGACGAUGCCCAGCUCAUCCAUGGCUUCAGAAGAAGCAAGGAGCUAGGGGCCCUGCCAAUUGUCCACUGCGAGAACGCUGCAGCCCUGUUGGAUGCGCAGCAGAGGACCUUUGAUAGUGGUUUCACCGGCCCUGAGGGCCACUACAUCUCCCGACCAGCCGUGUUUGAGGAUGAGGGAACGGCGCGAGCCUUGCGCCUGGCGCAGUAUGUCAAUGUGCCGGUGUACAUCGUGCACGUGAUGAGCGGCGGCGCUGUGGCAGAGAUCGCGGCCGCCAAGACCCGGGGUCAGCGCGUCGUUGGGGAGGCGGUGGCCUCUGGCUUCGGUGCUGACGAGGCCAAGAUCUGGGACCCCGAUUUCAAGGUGGCGGCCCAAUAUGUGAUGAGCCCGCCCAUCCGCAACAAGGAGCACCAGCGCCAAAUUAAGGCCGGCCUGGCGGGCGGCGUGCUGUCCAUAGUCGCAACAGACCACGCGCCCUUCAACUCCACGGCCAAGCGCGCCGGACUGCACGACUUCCGCAAGAUCCCCAAUGGCGUCAAUGGCAUCGAAGAGCGCCUGCACGUCGCCUGGGACGAGCUGGUGAACCCAGGCCUGAUCACGCCGUCGGAUUUUGUGCGGUUGAUGAGCACGGCGGUGGCCCAGACAUACAAUGUCUACCCCCGCAAGGGGCUCAUAGCGCCGGGCUCAGACGCUGACAUCAUAGUGUUUGACCCUGAGGUCAGCCACACCAUCAGCGCCAGCACACACCACUCCAGGAUGGACACCAACAUCUAUGAGGGCCGGGAGGUCAAGGGCCAGGUGGUAGUCACCAUAAGCCAGGGCAAGGUGGUGUGGGAGAACGGCAAGCUGAACAUUCAGGAGGGCGCCGGCCGCUUUGUCAAGCUCCCUGUGAGGGGCCCCCUGUUUGAGGGCCUGGAUGCACUCGACGCCGCCAGCGUUGCAUCAAACUUCCCCUACGGCACUCCUGGACAGCCUGUUGUCCGCGAUUUGGGCACCACAGCCUCCAAAGACGAACUUUGA